CGCACGUCAGAACGCAGCCGCCAUGUUGGCAGAGGUAGUUACGGCGGAGUGCCGGUUGCUAUGGUAGCGGCCCUUCAACAAGGUGUAGCGGAUAGGGCAGAGUGCCAGCCAGGUACCCGUACUGCAGCCGAGGAGAGAAAGCCAUGCCGGGAGCCGGCGGAGACAAGAGGAAGCGCUUUGUGCUAAGCACGGUGCAUAACUACCUGGGGCUGCCCUGGGACGGAGAGGUUCCCGGCUGCGCGGAGCUGGAGCGCUUCUUGGAUGAUGGGAAUGAGUUCAUUCUGUCCGGGAGUAAGGCCGGGGCCCGGGUCCGCUUCUCUAACAAGCUUGAUCCCGGUGACACCAAAGAGAACGUGCUCGUGUUCUUUAAAAUACGUCCUGACGUCAUUACCGAAGACAAUCUGUAUGGAAAUAUCCUGAUAUCAUCUAUGCUCGAAUCUCCCAUCAAUACACUUUACCAAGCAGUAAGGCAAGUCUAUGCACCAAUAUUACUAAAGGAUGAGAAAUGGAGUAAGGAUUUUGACCCUAAACUGCAGAGCAUGCUGAGUGACCUGGAAGCAGGUUUGGGUACUAUAUUAAGAAAAUCUGUAUCCAGCCAUGGGAAGCCUACGUUUGGAGGAGAAGAUGAUCUGCAAGGAAUUUUAACGCCAAAUGACGAGUUUCAGUUUUGGACAGAAGUUUCCGCAAGUAAAAGCAAAUCAAGUGCCAGAGAAAGAGCAAGCCACUUUACAAGCCUGUUUCAAUCAAUUGCAAAUUAUUACAGUACAUUGGACAAUCUCCCCUUAUCUGAAGUUGUGCAGCUCGUAGAAACUACUCAGGAAACAGUGGACGAUGUCUGGAGACAAACCGAUUAUGACCCUUACCCGGAACAUCGAAUGAAGCAUUUACUCGACAUCAUAGGAAGUGCCUUGGGUAGGAGUGUUCAAAGAAAUCUUGGCGAUAUGGAUCAUUGGAAGGGCCCCUUUCCCACAGUAAAAGAAAACUUGAGAGCAGGAAUCACUGUCUGUGAGCAAUGGGCUGCUGCUUGUGAGCACCUGACGGGGCAGCUUUGGCGGCGUUUUACUCCACACCCUUGGAAAACAGAUACAUUUUCUUUUGAUUCCAUAAAAAAGCUUGGUGGGCGUCUUGCGGAAGUACUGAGCAUUCGGAUGGUCCAUGAAAAACUCCUUCACUUUUUACCAUCUGGAGAAGACAAUGCACUUCGUUCAGUUAAAGUGUUUGAGCCUUUCACUGGCUUGAAUCCUGUGCACUACAAUCCAUACACAGAGCCUUUGUGGAGAGCUGCAGUAUCACAGUAUGAAAGAAUCAUUGAACCUGCUGAACAAAAAAUAGCCGUCAAGCUAAAAACAUACUUUUCUGAAUUCCACGAUAGCCCCCAGCAGCUCCUGCAAGCUUUUCAAAAACACAAAGAACUGGUGAAGCGCCCAAGUCUCAAAAAAGUGUUGAAUCUGGAACGGGAAACACUACUCACAAGACUUCAAGACUAUAACAAAGAUAUUCUGUCAGACUUUGAAUCACGCUGCCAUGGAUCUCCAGGGGAUUCAUCUGGUCCACUUACAGGAAGAAACCUCCCAGAAGUAGUAAACAACAUUGUAUGGGUGCGACAGCUCCAGAUGAAGGUGGAGGAUACUGUCAAGACUGCAGAUGCUCUUCUGUCAGAUCUCUCUGGAUUUCCAUCUUUCCGUAAGAGUGCGAAAGACCUCCUCGAUCAGCUCAAAGUUUAUGAACAAGAGCAGUUUGAAGAUUGGUUAAGAGAAAUUAAUGCUGGCUUGUCAGAUCCAAAAUCUGGUUUUAGCUUACAACCCAAUAGUCAGGUAAUGGAACUGGACCACUCCAACGGAACUUUAAAGAUACAUUAUUCUGACCGCCUCGUAACUCUUCUCAGAGAAGUCCGUCAACUCUCAGCGCUUGGAUUAGUCAUUCCCCCCAAGAUUCAGCAAGCUGCCAAGACUGCACAAAAGUUCUACAAGCAAGCAAUCAUUCUGAAACAGGUUGCACAUUUUUAUAAUACAAUUGAUCAGCAAAUGAUCCAGAGUCAGAGACCCAUGAUGCUGAAUUCUGCUUUAGCAUUUGAACAAAUUAUCAAGAAUACCAGAACAAGCUCGGGUGAAUCAAGUCAGAAAAUGCACAUAACGUGGAACAAUCCCAAAGAUUUACAGGACUAUAUUGAGAAGCUCCAAGGGGUAGCUCAGCAGUUAGCUACGGAGAACAGGAAACUGAGGAAGAAACACAAGGAUUUCAGUGAGAAGGUUGUUGCACUAAUGAAUAUUGACUUGCUUCGGCACCAGCAAAAGUGGAAAGAUGGUCUCCUCGAAAUCCGAAGUGUCUUUUCCAACCUUGAAUAUCAGGGACUUCGCUCAAGUGACAUGAGGCCGUGGCGCCAGCACUGGAACCAUCAGCUCUACAAAGCUUUAGAACAUCAGUAUCAAAUUGGUUUAGAAGCACUGAAUGAAAAUCUACCAGAAAUCAACAUUGAUUUAACGUUUAAGCAAGGAAGACUCCAGUUUAAACCCCCCUUUGAAGAAAUCCGUUCCAAGUACUACCGAGAGAUGAAGAGGUUUAUUUCUAUUCCAAACCAGUUUAAGGGACUGAGUGAAGCUGGUGAAGAACCAAUUUUUUCUGUCAUGUCUGAGAGGAAUGCAAACGGCUUCAUCACCGUGUUCAGUAAAGCAGAGGAUUUGUUCCGAAGGUUAGCCGCAACCCUGGAUCGAUUUAAGGAAUGGGUUGUGAUUGGUCAAGUAGAUAUAGAUGUUCUGAUGAACAAAAAUCUCCAUGAUGUCCACGACUGGGAGAAAAAUUUCAAAGCAUUAAAAGUGCGAGGGAAAGAGGCUGAACGUCUUCCCAGCUCAAUAAAGAUUGAUUGCAUUACCAUCAAUUGUAAUCCAGUAAAGUCUGUGGUUGAUGAUCUCAUUCAGACACUCUUUGACUCUCUUCUCAUAUCAUUAAAGAAGUCUAUCCAAGCUCAUUUGCACGAAAUUGAUAUAUUUGUGACUGAAGGAAUGGAAAUGCUAUCCAGCCGCCCUCAGACUGUUGAGGAGAUAGGAGAAGCCAACAUGAAACAUGCGCAACUGAAACUGAGAAAACCAGAGAUUCUGCCUUUAUUUAAAGAAGCUGAAGAUAAAAACAGAUUGCUGCGCUCAGUUGCAGGGGGUGGGUUGGAUACCAUCGGCAAUCUCAGAGCAAAGUGGGAUAAAUUUGAAUUGAUGAUGGAGAGUCAUCAGCUGAUGGUCAAAGAACAGAUUGAAGUAAUGAAGGAAAAGGUUAAAUCCAGGGUGCAGAUAUAUACUCAGGAAAUAGAAAAAUUCAAAGCACGUUGGGACCAAUUGAAGCCAAGCAAUGACCUUAUUGAAACUGGAGAAGAGGAUGCUCUGGUGAAAAGUGCACAGUCAAUAAAAGAAAAGAAAGUGGAGUUUGAUGAACUUGAAGAGACAAAGAGAAAGUUAAUAGAGGAUUGCCUUCAUUUUGGAUUGGAAGCUCCAGAUUUCUUCUUGGCUGAUGAGAUACGUAUAGAUAUUGAGGACUGCACCAAAACAUGGUCCUUAUAUGAGGAGUUUUAUCAAGGUUUUAAUGAGAAGGCCAAAGAAGACUGGAUUUCAUACAGGAGUAAGUGUUACAGUUUUGAAGAAUUUAUUUUAUCAUGGCACGAGAGAUUACGGAAAAUGGAAGAGCACACCACCAUGUCAGUGAAGCUGCAGAAGGAGAUUGACAGAUACAAGACUGUUGUUCCUGUUCUCAAGUAUGUACGAGGAGAGCAUCUGUCUCAGGAUCAUUGGUUAGAUCUUUUUCGGCUUCUUGGCCUUCCAAAAGGAACCACUUUGGAAAAACUGUUAUUUGGAGAUUUGCUCAGAGUUGCUGAUGUUAUUGUUUCAAAGGCCUCUGAACUCAAAGAACUAAACAGCCGUGCUCAAGGGGAAAUUACCAUCCGAGAAGCUUUGCGGGAGCUGGAUCUGUGGGGGGCUGGCGCUAUUUUCACAUUAACUGAUUAUGAAGACAGCCACAGUCGUACAAUAAAGCUGAUUAAAGACUGGAAAGACAUAGUCAACCAAGUGGGAGACAACCGUUGCCUACUUCAGUCUUUGAAGGAUUCCCCUUACUACAAAGGCUUUGAAGACAAGGUGUUUGUCUGGGAGCAAAAGCUUGCAGAACUGGAUGAAUAUCUUCAAUAUUUAAACCAAAUUCAGAGGAAAUGGGUGUAUUUGGAGCCCAUAUUUGGCCGUGGAGCUCUUCCAAGAGAAGAGGCACGAUUUAAUAGGGUCGAUGAAGACUUUCGAUCUAUAAUGUCUGAUAUAAAGAGGGAUAACAGGGUAACGUUACUAACAUCUCGAGCAGGCAUAAGAAACUCUCUGAUAACUAUCCUUGAUCAACUUCAGAGGUGCCAAAAAUCCCUGAAUGAAUUUCUGGAGGAAAAGCGGUCUGCCUUCCCAAGAUUUUAUUUUAUUGGUGAUGACGAUCUCUUGGAAAUACUCGGGCAGUCAACAAACCCUGCUGUAAUUCAGUCACACCUCAAGAAGCUGUUUGCUGGAGUGAACAGUGUGGACUUUGAUGAGAACUUUAAGCACAUCAUUACUAUGAAAUCUCUGGAUGGGGAAACGGUUCCUCUGAAGAAUAAGAUACUUGUUACUAGUGACGUUGAGGUUUGGCUUAGCCAUUUAGCAUCAGAAAUGAAGUCAACUUUGGAGAAGCUGUUAGUUGAGUGUAUCACAGCAGGAAAGAAAUCACACAGUGGCAUCGAUCCCUUACAGUUUCCUUCUCAGAUCCUUUGUUUAGCUGAACAAAUUCAGUUCACUGAAGAGGUUGAGGCUGCAAUUCGCGAGCAAAGACUUCAUCAAGUAGACAUAGAACUCAUGGCUAAAUUAGAUCAUUACACAAGCAUUGACACAAGCAUGGGGGAUACUGCAGGAGCCGGGAUUCUGGAACUAAAGCUGAAAGCCCUUAUCCUGGAUGUCAUACACAACAUUGACGUGGUAAAGCAACUAAACCAAGCACAAGUUUAUAGUACUGAGGACUGGGCAUGGAAGAAACAACUCCGCUUCUACUUGAAACCAGAUAAGAAGUGUUAUGUAAAGAUGGUGGAUGCUGAGAUGGAGUACACAUAUGAGUACCAGGGCAAUGCUCCAAAAUUAGUGUAUACCCCACUGACAGACAAAUGCUACCUGACUCUUACUCAGGCCUUGAAGAUGGGGCUGGGCGGAAAUCCUUAUGGCCCAGCAGGAACUGGGAAAACAGAAUCUGUAAAAGCCUUGGGUGGGCUCCUUGGCAGACAGGUUUUGGUUUUCAAUUGUGAUGAGGGUAUUGAUGUGAAAUCAAUGGGAAGAAUCUUUGUUGGCUUAGUGAAGUGUGGUGCUUGGGGCUGCUUUGAUGAAUUCAACAGACUUGAGGAGGCUGUGCUUUCAGCUGUGUCUAUGCAAAUACAGACCAUCCAGGAUGCAUUAAAGAACCAUAGAUCUUCCUGUGAUUUGUUGGGGAAAGAGGUUGCACUGGAUCCCAAUUCAGGGAUUUUUAUCACUAUGAAUCCCGCCGGAAAGGGUUAUGGUGGGCGCCAGAAACUCCCAGAUAACCUUAAACAGCUUUUCCGUCCAGUCGCAAUGUCACGUCCUGACAAUGAACUCAUCGCUGAAGUCAUUCUUUACUCAGAAGGUUUUAAGGAUGCCAAGAACCUUGGAAGAAAGUUAGUCGCCAUCUUUAACUUGGCAAGGGAGCUUUUGACACCGCAACAACAUUAUGACUGGGGUCUGCGAGCAUUGAAAACAGUCUUGCGAGGAUGUGGGAAUCUCUUGCAUCAACUGAAGAAAAAUGGGAAAGAAACUGCUAUCAAUGAAAGCCAUAUGGUCGUGCAAGCCCUGCGGCUCAACACUAUGUCCAAGCUGACAUUUGCAGACUGCUCCCGGUGUGAUGCCUUAAUUAAGGAUGUCUUUCCUGGAAUUGAUUUUAAGGAUGUGGAGUAUAUGGAGCUUAGUGCUGCUCUGCAGCAAGCUUUUGAAGAAGCAAAUUUAGAAAUCAUUCCAAGUCAGAUUAAGAAAGCCCUGGAGUUGUAUGAGCAGUUGCGACAGAGAAUGGGUGUAGUAAUUGUUGGACCGAGUGGUGCUGGAAAGUCCACCCUGUGGCGAAUGCUACGAGCGGCACUUAAUAAAAUUGGGAAAGUUGUGAAACAGUACACUAUGAACCCUAAAGCAAUGCCCCGACACCAGCUACUUGGCCACAUAGACAUGGAUACAAGAGAAUGGUCAGAUGGCGUUCUAACAAAUAGCGCUCGCCAAGUUGUGCGGGAGUCCCAAGAUAUAAAUUCCUGGAUAAUAUGUGAUGGAGAUAUUGAUCCAGAGUGGAUUGAAUCUUUAAACUCAGUUCUUGAUGAUAAUCGCCUCCUUACCAUGCCAAGUGGAGAGAGAAUCCAGUUUGGCCCCAACGUUAACUUUGUUUUUGAGACCCAUGAUCUGAGCAGUGCCUCUCCAGCCACUAUAUCAAGAAUGGGAAUGAUCUUCUUAAGUGAUGAAAACACCGAUCUCCAGUCUCUAAUCCAAUCAUGGCUCAGAGGUCAACCUGCAAACGUUAGGCAUAAUCUCGAAAACUGGAUUGGAGAUUACUUUGAAAAGGCCUUAAAUUGGGUUCUGAAACAGAAUGACUUUGUGGUGGAAACCAGUCUUAUUGGAACUGUUAUGAAUGGAUUAUCACAUUUACAUGGCUGCACUGAUCGAGGUCAAUUCAUUGUUAGUCUAAUCCAUGGACUUGGAGGAAAUCUCAAUAUGAAAUCAAGGAAUGAAUUUGCAAAAGAGGUUUUCAGCUGGGCACGGGAAUCACCACCAGACCCACGCAAGCCAUUGGAUACAUUCUAUGAUGCUAAAACUGGGCGAUUAAUGACCUAUAGCCUUGAAAAACCUCACAAUUUGACUACAGAAGAUUUCUGUAAUCCUCAGACACUUCCUGUCAUAAGAACUCCUGAUAUUCAGAGAGGGCUGGAUUAUUUCAAACCCUGGCUUGGCUGUGAUACAAAGCAACCAUUUAUCUUAGUCGGCCCAGAAGGCUGUGGAAAAGGAAUGCUCCUUCGCUACGCUUUUUCCCAGCUCCGAUCCACUCACAUUGCUACGGUUCACUGCAGUGCUCAAACAUCUUCUCGCCAUGUACUGCAAAAACUUACCCAGACAUGCUUGGUGAUCAGUACAAACACUGGCCGGGUGUAUAGACCCAAAGAUUGCGAGAGGCUGGUUUUAUAUUUAAAAGAUAUUAACCUCCCCAAGCCUGACAAAUGGGGGACCAGCACCCUGGUUGCUUUCUUACAGCAGGUUUUAACAUACCACGGCUUUUAUGACGACAACCUUGAGUGGGUUGGGCUUGAAAACAUCCAGAUUGUGGCAUCCAUGUCUGCGGGCGGAUCUAUUGGAAGGCAUAAGCUAACAACUAGAUUUACAUCUGUGGUCCGCAUCUGUGCUGUUGAUUAUCCUGAAAGGGACCAGUUGCAAACAAUCUGCAGCUCGUAUUUGGAGCCUGUUAUUCACAAGAACCUUAAGAAUCACCCGACCUGGGGCUCCUUAUCAAAAAUCCACCAUUUAGCAGGAUCCAUGGUUCAAGUAUAUGAACAGGUGCGGGCCAAGUUUUCAGUCGAUGAUUAUAGUCAUUACCUCUUCACACCCUGCAUCCUUACGCAAUGGAUUAUUGGACUGUUUAGAUAUGACUUAACAGGAGGUUCUUCUAAACAGUCUCAAGACUGUGUCCUUGAAAUUGUGGCAUAUGAAGCUCGACGACUCUUCCGUGACAGAAUUGUGACUGCCAAGGAGCUUCAUGUUUUUGACAAUAUUUUAAUGUCCGUGCUGCAAGGAGACUGGGGUUCGGAUGUUUUGGAUAAUAUGACGGAUGCCUUUUAUGUAACCUGGGGAGCACUACAUGGGGCAGGAGCUGUGAUCGCUCCAGGUCAGCCUUUGCCCCCACAUGGAAGGCCGCUUGGAAGGUUGAAUUCUAAUGAUCUUCAAGAUGUUAUAAAAAAGGGUGCAAUUCAAUACAGUCACAUGAACAGAGAGCUCGAGAUCUUGUUUUUCCACGAAGUGCUGGACUACAUGUCACGAGUAGACAGGGUUCUCAGCUGCCCUGGUGGCUCUCUUCUCCUGGCGGGGCGCAGUGGUGUUGGCCGCAGAACUGUCACAUCCCUAGUUAGCCACAUGCACGGUGCUGUGCUUUUUACUCCCAAGGUUUCUAGAGGAUAUGAGCUAAAACAGUUUAAAAAUGAUCUUAAACAGGUUAUUCAGAUGGCUGGCAUUGAAGGACAACAAGUAUUAUUUCUUCUUGAAGAUCAUCAGUUUGUUCAUCCAGAUUUCCUGGAGAUGAUCAACAGCCUCCUGUCAUCAGGUGAGAUCCCUGGAUUGUAUACAGUAGAGGAGUUGGAGCCACUGUUAUCUCCACUGAAAAAUCAGGCUUCAGAAGAUGGUUUUACCGGGCCAGUAUUGGGCUAUUUUACCAACAGAGUCCUUCAGAAUUUGCAUGUAGUCCUCAUCAUGGAUUGUACUAAUACAAAUUUUACCAUAAACUGUGAGAGUAACCCGGCCUUCUACAAGAAAUGCUCUGUACAGUGGAUGGAGGGCUGGUCUGACAAAAGUAUGAAGAAAAUUCCCGAAAUGGUGAUUUUGGACCCAAACAGCAAAGAGAAGAUGCAGAUGGACCCAGGAUACAAGAAAGUUUCAUCAGGAGAUUCAGAAUUUUUCAAUUCUUUCUUGAUGAUUCACGAGUCAUGUAAAUCAUACGGUGCCACCCCAAGUAGAUAUAUGACUUUUCUUCGUGUUUAUGGCUCUCUGUAUAGCAGCAAGAUAGCAGAGCUGACAAAGAGACAAAGGCAUUUACAGGCUGGUGUGUCCAAGCUCAAUGAAGCCAAGGCUCUAGUAGAUGAGCUGAAGGGAAAAGCUGGAGAACAGAGUUUGUUACUGAAAACCAAACAAGCGGAGGCAGAUUCUGCUCUACAAGAAAUCACCACGUCCAUGCAGAAUGCCAGUGAUCAGAAAGCAGAGAUGGAAAAGAUUCAACAGAAGAUAGCGGAAGAAGCAGUAAAAAUUGCAGAGCGGAAAGGAAAAAUCGAAGAUGAACUUAAAGAAGUUCAGCCUUUGGUGAAUGAGGCAAAAGAAGCAGUUGGGAAUAUCAAGCCAGAAUCUCUGUCCGAGAUCAGAUCUCUGCGCGCGCCUCCAGAUAUAAUCAGAGACAUUCUCGAAGGCGUUCUAAGGAUGAUGGGUAUCUUUGAUACUUCCUGGGUGAGCAUGAAAAGUUUCCUUGCAAAGCGAGGUGUACGAGAAGACAUCGUAACGUUUGAUGUACGAAAUAUCACCAGUGAGAUAAGGACAAGUGUGGAAGAACUUCUCAAAAUGAAAAGAACAUCUUUUGAAGAAAAGAAUGCCAGAAGAGCCAGUGCAGCAGCUGCUCCCCUUGCAGCAUGGGUUAUAGCUAAUGUGCAGUAUUCUCAUGUCCUGGAGAAAAUUCAGCCUCUGGAAAAGGAACAGUCUGUCCUGGAGUCAAACUUGAGAAGAACCGAAGAAAAAAAGCACAAGUUAGAACGUCAGCUCAACUCUGUGGGGCAAAGGGUGUCAGAACUAAAAGAAAAGUUUCAGACAAGAACAGCCGAAGCUGCUAAACUGGAAGCGGAAUUAUCCAAAGCUCAAGAAGUGAUUCAGGCUGCAGAAUUAUUGAUAAACCAAUUAGAUGGAGAGAACAAGAGAUGGAACUCACAGGUCGUGGAAAUAACAGAACAGCUAAGCGCUUUGCCAAAAAGGGCUCAGUUGGCAGCUGCUUUUAUUACCUACAUAUCGGCAGCCCCAGAAGAUCAGAGGAAAGGCAGCAUCGAGCAAUGGAUGAAAUGCGUCGGAUUGGAAACAUUUGAUUUACGAAGGUUCCUGUCUACUGAGAGCGAACAGCUAAUUUGGAAAAGUGAAGGCUUGCCCUCUGAUGAGCUGUCAAUAGAAAACGCGCUCGUCAUUCUGCAGAGUAAGAUCUGCCCCUUUUUGAUAGACCCAUCCUCACAAGCAACCGAGUGGCUAAAGACCCAUUUGAAGGAAUCCCGCAUGGAAGUUAUUAAUCAACAGGAUGCAAACUUCAUGACGGCCCUGGAACUGGCAGUGCGCUUUGGCAAGACACUUAUUAUCCAGGAGAUGGAUGGUGUGGAACCUGUACUUUAUCCAUUACUUAGAAAGGAUCUUAUUGCUCAGGGUCCUCGUUAUGUAGUUCAAAUAGGGGACAAAACCAUUGACUACAAUGAAGAUUUCCGCUUGUUCCUGGCUACACGCAACCCUAAUCCUUUUAUACCACCUGAUGCCGCCUCCUGUGUUACAGAAGUCAACUUUACAACCACAAGGGCAGGAUUAAGAGGACAGCUUUUAGCUUUAACAAUUCAGCACGAGAAGCCAGACCUUGAAGAACAGAAGACCAAAUUACUGCAGCAAGAGGAAGAUAAGAAGAUUCAGCUGGCUAAACUGGAAGAAUCGCUCCUGGAGACCCUUGCAACGUCUCAAGGAAAUAUUCUGGACAACAAAUAUCUGAUUGAAUCUCUGAACCAAACAAAAGCAAGCAGUGCACUUAUUCAGGAGUCCCUCUCUGAGUCCCACAAACUCCAGCUCUCACUCGAUCAGGAACGCAAUGCAUAUCUUCCUCUAGCAGAGAGUGCCAGCAAGAUGUACUUCAUUAUCUGUGACUUAUCCAAAAUUAAUAACAUGUACCGCUUUAGCCUGGCUGCUUUCCUGAGACUUUUCCAGAGAAUUUUGAUUGGCAAACAGGAAUCAAAAAGCACAGACGUAAGGAUAAAGUCAUUGAUCGAUGCAUUGAAACAUAUGGUCUACGAGUAUGUCUGCCGCUCACUAUUUAAGGCCGACCAGCUGAUGUUUGCGCUGCAUUUUGUCCGUGGAAUGCAUUCGGAACUCUUCCAGGAAAAUGAGUGGGAUGUAUUCACGGGCGUUAUAAUUGGAGAUAUGUUCAAGAAAUCGGAUUCACAGAGGACUCUUCGGGAACAGGUCCCAUCAUGGAUUGAACAGGAAAGAGCUUGGGCGGUGGCUCUGCUAAAGACUUCUCUCCCAGCGCUUUAUCAGAGCCUGAGCCUUGAAGAUUCCAAUCUGUGGAGCCAUUUCUCAAAGAGCUCAGCAUGCGAGCAAGAGUUCCCGCAAACCGUUGCCAAGAAACUUUCCCUGUUUCAGCAGCUCUUAGUUGUCCAAGCAAUCAGGCCAGACAGACUGCAAAGUGCAAUGGGGCUAUUUGCAUGUAAAAAUCUUGAGCUCAAAGAAUUAUCUCCACCACCUCUAAACCUGAAACGUCUCAGUAAGGAAACACUGGCAAUAGAGCCCAUUCUCAUUAUAAUCUCACCCGGAGCUGAUCCAUCCCAGGAACUACAAGAACUUGCCUGCGCAGAGGUUGGCAGAGACUGCUUUCAUGAAGUAGCAAUGGGUCAAGGCCAAGCUGAUAUCGCUAUACAGUCCUUGCGGGAAUGUGCACGCGAUGGAGAGUGGCUCUGCUUAAAGAAUCUGCAUCUCGUUAUUUCAUGGCUUCCAGUUCUGGAAAAGGAAUUAAAUUCUUUGCAACCGAAGGGUAAUUUCCGUCUGUGGCUCACUGCUGAAGUUCACCCCAAAUUUACACCAAUUUUGCUGCAGUCAAGUUUGAAGAUAACGUACGAGGCACCACCAGGACUUAAGAAGAACUUAAUGAGGACCUAUGAAUCGUGGACACCGGAGCAGAUAAGCAAAAACGGACAAACACCCCGGGCACAGGCUUUGUUUAGUCUGGCUUGGUUUCAUGCAGUGUGCCAAGAAAGAAGAAAUUACAUACCACAGGGAUGGACAAAAUUUUAUGAAUUUUCCCUGGCAGACCUUCGUGCAGCUUAUGACAUUAUUGACAGGCUUUUUGAAGGCAAAAGAGACUUUAAAUGGGAUUUUGUGCAUGGCCUCUUAGAAAAUGCUAUCUAUGGUGGAAGAGUGGAUAACUUCUUUGACUUAAGAGUCCUGCGCUCCUAUUUGGAACAGUUUUUCAGUUCCCAUACAACUGGAACUUCUGGAAUGAGCAAGAUGGCGGCUUUCCCAUUGCCUUUCUCAUUACCUAACUCAUGUAGCAUUAUGGACUACCGGGCGGUUAUUGAGAGCAUCCCAGAGGAUGACCAGCCUGCAUUCUUUGGCCUCCCAGCUAACAUUGCUCGCUCCUCCCAGAGAAUGAUUAGUUCACAGGUGAUUUCACAGCUCCGUACUCUUAGCAGAUCCGUGACAGCCGGCUCCAAGUUUGAUAGAGAAGUGUGGUCUAAUGAGUUGUCCCCUGUGCUCAAUCUGUGGAAGAAAUUGAAUCAGAAUUCCAAUUUGAUUCAUCAGAAGGUGUCCCCUCCUACAGAACGGCACGGGUCACCCAUCUCGUCAUUCAUCAUUCUGGAACAGUUCAAUGCUAUCCGCCUGGUGCAAAGUAUCCAUCAGUCCUUGGCGGCUCUCAGUAAAGUCAUAAGGGGAACUUCAUUGUUGACUUCAGACGUACAGAGAUUGGCAAGCGCUUUAUUAGAACAAAAGUGCCCUCUCGCCUGGCAGAAUAAGUGGGAAGGUCCUGAGGAUCCUUUGCAAUACCUAAGAGGUCUAGUAGCACGAGCAGUUGCCAUUCAGAACUGGGUGGAGAAAGCAGAAAAUCAGACCCUUCUAUCAGACACCCUUGAUUUGUCAGAGCUUUUCCAUCCGGAUACUUUCCUAAACGCUUUACGCCAGGAGACAGCAAGGGCAAUGAAUUGUUCAAUGGACAACCUCAGAUUUGUAGCAUCAUGGAGGGGCAAAAUUGCAGAUGCCAAGCUCCAAGUUAAGAUCAGCGGCUUGCAGCUGGAAGGUUGCAGUUUUGAUGGAAACCGCCUUUCUGAAAACCGGCACGACAGUCCCAGUGUGUCAGUGGUACCUCCCUGUUACAUGGCCUGGAUCCCACAGCAGUCCCUCGGCACAUAUUCCCCGGAGGAGUGCAUCUCCUUACCGAUGUACACCAGCGCAGAAAGGGACCGCCUAGUGACCAACAUUGACCUGCCCUGUGGGGGGAAUCAGAACAAAUGGAUUCAGAGUGGAGCGGCACUUUUUCUAAAAAAUCAAUAACUUAUUUUGUUUCUGAAAGCCAAAUGGGCUUAUUUAUCUAUUGGCUUUAUAUAAAGACCCAGCUGUGUAUCCCCUUCUCUAUUUAUGGAAAAUGUGUUUUAUGUAAAUAUGAAAUUCUGUACAAAAUAAAGCCUGUUGCAUUUACUAAUAUUUUUUUUA